AUGGCAACGCAAAAGUUACUUGUGCUAAUCUCCGGACUUGCUAUUCUGCUUCUUGGUGUUCCUGCUCAAGUGUCUGCCCCCCCUAUUGACUCUCUCCGGCUACGCUCUGCGGCAAAUCAUGAAAAUGGCGGUCCUCAGUGCAAGUUUGAAACCACUUCAACCAUGCAAGAGCAGUGCACUUUUGUCUGCGAGGAGGUGUGGAAUGAAGAGGCUACUAGGCUUUUUCUUCCAUGCAGCAACCCAAUGCGUUGCUUCACCGAGUUUUGGGAGAGCAACCGCCUGGGAGACAAGCCUCAAGUAGAAGUAUCCAUAUACACAAAACUCCAGGACGAAUGUUCUUUCGGCUCCCGCCCCAGCUUUGCCCCUCUAGAGCAAUACGACGGAUUCCAAGAGUAUGCACUCGACGAACUGCUUUCAAGCUCAGUUUUCGGUGGCGAAACGCUUUGCAAGGACAAAGAGCUGCGCGUUGUGGAUUUCCUCACCGGCCACCCAACUGCGUAUGUCGGAGACGACAACUGCAUGCUGUACUCUCAAGGCGUCGAGGUAGCUGCGGCUUGCGAAAGAGACAAGGAGACAAACAACAGGCUUUUCUGCGAAUUGGAGUUCCAGGAUCUGCCAGAGGAGCCUGCCCUUUCUGACUUGUGCUCUUCGCCUCCAUCCGAUGACUAUCUGUAUAGUUUUUUCUAUUCUUGCGUUCCACCGAGCCCGCUCCCUGCAUGCGAGGCGAAGAGAACAACUUCGUGGAACUACUCGGAAAACUCCUGCGAGUGCCCUAGUGGCACUGUACCUUGUACUGUACAAGAGGCGAAAGCCAAGGAGUCGUGGAAAGAUGGCCUCAGGCCCAAGGCACAAGUCUACAUGAAAGAUUCAAUUCGUUACCUCGCUUAUGGGGAUAUAUACCAGGCCUUCGACCUUUCUACAAAUCCAUGUGAAUAUAAGUUUGUUCGGGCUCUUUGCAGAAGUACCGCACCGAUGACGACAACUACAACAACUACAACAGCCCCUGAGGAGUUUUUGGGAAAUAUGGGGCCCAACUGUUACAGGGGUAACGACCAGCCGUUUUGUAGGCUGCCUUGCGUCACUCUUUGGAGGUUAUUCUACUCGAGAUUCUCGGCAUUAAAUUCCUACGAACAGUUCGCAAGUUUUUGGCGGAGCUACGACUUCACCAAACUUCCGUCUCUUGAUUCAUCAGCGACUGCACGGGCUCAGGCGUGCAUUUUCGAAAAAAGAUGGGAAUAUGAGGACAAAUCUCAGUUUGAGUUUUCCGAAAUAUUGAAAAGCACUGACGGAGCCGAACUGGAAAUUGAACAUAGCUGCGCACCGUACGAGCGGUGGACACUGGUGAAAGUUGUCGGCGGGCAUGAGGAAACACUCAACUACGGCAAGAAGAUUAGUGGCUGCCCUAUAACUGACAUCACGCAAAGUGUCAAGAGUUUGCUGCCUGAUUCUAUAUUCAACGGGCAAAUAUACAGCGAGAAAAUAUCGCUAGCUGGAAUUACAAAUGCCCUGCGCAACUGCCCUGAAGACAAAGUAGCAUACUACAUAGCUUGGAAUUGUGCUCCGAACCUUUCUAUUUCGUCGGACUCCCUCUCGAUGAUCUGCAACAUAUACAGGACAACAGGAGAGAAGGAUGCGGGGGGUGACGCGUGUGCGUGCCCGAACAGCGCCAGACCUUGUCCGGCGAACGCUGCAGCUGUGAGUCAGGGCUGGAUUCAGAAUGCUCCGAAAGGCACAACUGUCAGCCUAGGCGGCUUCCUUGUUUACAAGAGUCAGGGUUCCGGGACAGGGUCUUUGGUUAUAAUGGAUGACUUGAACCCGGUGUGCGAGAAGUCGUCGACUACGCAUGUGCUGUGUCAAGAUGCUGUCGAGGACUCCCUAACUAACAAGUUGCCGGUUAGACGGCCGUUGUGUCAAAGGGCAUUUUCGACGAUUGGGGGAGCUACAGAAUCGGAUGAUUGGGCGUGCAGAGAAGCUUGCACAAAAAAGAGCGCCGGAGACUGUUCCUCAGUCAUCAACCCUUGGCUGUGUGUUGCUAACGCGAUCCAAGAUUGCUACAUCCCGAAUAGCAACUCGGUCGCAUGCUUUAUUCAGUCACCAGGCCCUGAAGAUCCACACACUGGCAGCUGCACUUGCACGGGCUCCGCAUUGGGGCCCUGCACACCAGCGGAGGCUCAAGCCACUGCAUAUGCGUGGAAGUCUACUUUGUCACAGUACUGGGGAGGUGAAGGCGGAGUCAUCAUUGCAAAGUACAACCGUGCUCUCUGGAUGUCGACACCGCCGUCCUGGCACUAUGAAGCUGGGCCGCAGAAUGGCAAAUGCGGAGAUAAUACGUGGAUCAAAGGAGUUUUUUGCUUAGGUUCGGACGCGAGAAUGACAUCCCAACGAAGUGGCACCUUGGCACCGGACUGCAGUACGGCCACAUCGAAAGAUUCCACUAAAGCCAACACCUUUCAGUGCACUUACGUCUGCGGCCAUAUUGAGUGGAAGUGCCGCACCCAUAUGGCGGACAACCCAACAUUGUACAAGGAUCUCAUGCACUGUUAUCGAAAGCUGAGGCUUGGCACCAUCCUGGAGUACUGCGAUGUCCAGACAACUUCUCAAACACCGACGCCUGGAGCGGCCAACAUGGCUGUGUCCUGGAUGCUGGCCAGCGGCAAUGAAAGCACUGUUCAGUUUUCGAAGCCAAUAUAUCCGCAACCGAUCAUCUUUACAGGGGCACCUCACUCCGUAGCCGGCAUACCUCGGCUGCUGAUCUCGCAGGUGACAAACGACAGCUUUAGAGUACAGGCAUUCGGGGCUUCGUGCAGAGAGCCGGCUUCUCAAGCUUCGGCCGAGCUCAAAGUUGUUGCCAGCUACUUAGCUAUACCCCCAGGCCAGUACCUUGCAAAACAUUCUCCUGUUCGACUGAUUGUUGGCACCACUGAUUUGACUGCUACUGGGGAUUUCCUUCUUCGUACCCCGUUUGUUGUAAACGAUUUUGCAAAGGCAGUUGUUCUUUUGGAGGUACAGUCCGCUGUGGGGCAAUCACCGAGCACGAUUGCAGCUUCAGCUGCAUUUCGCAUAAUCGAGCAGAAGAGUAAUUCCCUCAAAAUUCGGCUUGCGUGCCUGGAGCCUUUCACCUCGAUAACCGUGGGCUACUUGAUUGCUAAUCUAUCCGAUGAGAGUUCUUCAACAACCAGCCCGCUCGCUGCGUCGCUAGGAGGGCGCUCUUUGGCUAUUUUUAACACGAGGGAAGUCGACAGGGAGGAUAUCAAGUUUCCCCAAAACCUGCCCACCUUCUUUUUUCCCCAUAUAUUUCCUCAAAUCGCCGGAGAGGGGCCGGGCAACGACGAAUUCUAUUCUGUGCAGUGGCGUUCGAGGGAAGACAGCUUAGGAUGGGUCCCUUCAGUCUGGGUGUCAACUUGCUCUUUGGCGGAUGACAUUCUCAGGAGCUUGUCAAGCAGUGAAGUACAUUUUACGGCCCUGUACUUCUCCGCUGGUUGCGCAGAUGAACAAAUCGUCCUUCUCAAGCAGAAUAUGCACAGUCACAGCUCUUUUGUGCUCGCAACUGUGCUCUGGAAUAUACCUUUUAUAUUGUUGGUCCUCAACAACUCCCUUACAGCGAUAAAACUUCAUCUGGGACUGAUUCGGCAAACUCGGAUUCUGGGGAAGUGUCGUGUUUUCGAUAUGCGCAAUUACCCUACAUAUUUGGCCUGGGACUCCGCCUCGUUCACAUGCAGAUGUCCAGGGCUCGCGAUGCCCUGCAGCACAGAAGAUGCAGCCCAUGACUUGACAUGGCUGAAGGAGUUGCAGGGAGAAGGGGGACUCUGUGAAACUUCCCAAGAACCAAUUAAGCCCGUCACGCAGAUGUUCCGUCAACUUUCCGUAAAUGCAUGCUCCAUCACUGUCAUUCAUAGUGCUUUCCUACACUGGCGCCAACGAGCCUUUCCAGCUUACCCAGAUCUUCCUGGAGCAGGCACUGGAGAACAGGCGUACAGUGGCACAUAUCUGUGUCAGCACGUUACUCCUUAUGUUCUUUGCCCAGCGGUUGAGGAACAGGCGCCGGAAGUUGUUCACCAUGUACCCCCUUCUUGCUUUCCAGGAGAGUGGGAAGAGUGGUCUGCUUGCAGCGCAACUUGCUUAGGCUCUCACAACUUUCCACGGCGGUACAGGAAACGCACUGCAAUAGCUGCGGAAGUCAUUGACACAGAUCCUGACUGCAUUUUGGAGGAGACGGAGGGCUGUGGAGAUUCUCUCCAGCUGUGCGUAGGCUACUGCUGGACAGCCGACUGGACCGAGUGGAGUGACUGCUCCUCUUUCUUACGUCACGACGAGGUGGUCACUGCCAAGAGGCGGUAUAAACCGAUUUUCGCAGGCGCAGAAUACUGCAGAGAAGAUGACAUAUACGAGUUUCAGCCCUGCAGAAAAGGGCCGCAAUGGAAGGUCCCUGGAACGCAACAGCAACAGGAAGAGGAGAAAGACUCGGAAGAAGAUUCAGCACCAACGGCUGAAUUUGCUGAAUUGGACUCGUUCGCUUCAAACACUACAGCUGCCACAAUAGUGUCAAACUGGUCAGGAUGUGAUGUUCCAUGCAUACUUUCAGAAGGCCAUACUGCGCUGCGGAGGAGGCUUGCCCGGAACAGCGAAAAGGGAGCAUUUUUAGCCAUUACAAGCGGAACUAGUCCCACAAGAUCUUGUUCCAGCGCGGACGGUCUUCAGAAUUGUAGAGAGUUUGACCUUGACUGCUCCGAAGUAGUAUCAAUUUAUGAGGACUCCGCUUCGCGGAAGGCGUGCAUCGAUAGCGCCUGUGUCAGUGUCAUCUUCAAAGAUGUGGCGCGAGGAGCUGCUUCGACUUGCUUCAAACUUGUUGCUCUGUUCGCAGCUCCACCCGCGACUUGCAGGCCAACCCUGACGAAACUGGUCAACCAAGAUGCCGUUCUCAGUUUCCUACAAGAGACUUCUAAUGAGGAAACCCCAACACAGUCUCCCGCUGAGGGGGCCUUUGUUGCUCCCAGCUGCGCUUGUUUGGAACAUGGCAUGGUGCCUUGCACAGCAGACGAUAUCGUGGAAGACUGGAAAGGCAUUAGGGGAAUACUGUUAGCCUCCGACGGGUUAUGUUCAACAGAAGCAGCGCACACACCGCUCUGGGCUAAUGAUGAAAGCGGCAAGUUGCCAGAUUCUAGUGUGUACUUCGCGUACGCUGGCAUGGGCAGAAUUCAUUGCCCCCUGCGAGGAUACAAGAAAGACUCGACUGGCAUUGAAGAGUACUUCACGUUCACUGAGUUCCCGAGUCCCAGUGCCCUUAAUGACUACUGCAAAAGCGGCCUAAGCCACUGGAAGGAUGCGAAUAGCUCGCUCGUGUCGGUUCCUGAUUGCUCGAGAGCUAUUGCCAAAACGCCCUCUGGGGUGAGUCCGUCUGAGGAAGAAACUGCAAAAUGCAAGGAGUGGUGCACGAACCUGAUGAAUACUUGCAAUGCGGACAAGCGAGGGGAAUCUUACCGAGAAUGUUUUAUUGAGCCGUUUCGAAGUGGAGAAUUCGCUGAAAAAUGCACAUUCGCGCCAAGCACCACCGGUGGAAAAGGUGUAAUUUUCUGCAAAGAAAAAGAGGCAGAUUUGCUCCUCACGGAGUGGAGCGAAUGGUCAAGCUGUUCACUGAGCUGUCUUUUAAGUGCUUCGGAAAUCGGCUCUUCUGUGCGAAUAAGGACCCGCGAAGUUAUGGAAGAAGGCAGCAAGGUCCCUAGGGGUGGAGAGUUUACGCCCUUUACAACUGUGGAGACGGGCAUUUGUGCGAAUAUACCGCUUUGUGAUCCCAGCACAGGAGGCACCAGCCCGGAAUUUGUGGCGUUCACGACAAAAGCGCCACCAAUAAUUGAAAUUCUCACUUCGGAAACAUCUUCCACGACACCCCUACCAACUUACCCAGACAAAAUCCCCCUGGACAUGACCCCUCAGCAGUGUGUAAUCCUGUCUGUGGAGGCAUCGAGCGACGCUAGCGCGUAUGACGAGUCGAUAGACUCGUGUUCCUGCCCUCUUGGCUAUCGCCCUUGCUACCAAAACGAGGCUGCAAUGUCUCGGCAAAACUGGGUAGAUACUGCUUACGUGCUCUGCGCCGCGAAGUCUGGCCUUGUGAUCGGCAUGAGGCACUUCCGUGAAUUCAGCUGCGUCCACCGAGGCUUCAUCAGCACCACGACAAUCAACACGCUUUCUUCCAUUGAAGAAAAGGAAGCUUACUGCGCCAGCGAAAAGUACAUGUUUUGUGCAGCCGAGGGAGAUGAAACGGAUGCCGAGAACGGCACGUUGUUCAUAAUAGGAUCCCUUUGUUUAGGCGCCCUAGCGGGCGUGGCUGUUGCGUACUUGUCGCUGCAGUACAGCAUAGAUCUGCAGAAGCUAAUGGGGCUGAGAGGCAGAUACGCCACAAUUAGUCUCGAGCUGCAGCAGCUCAAGGAACAGAAAGCAAUGGAGGAGCGCACGCCACUUGUGAGACAGCAGUCUGCCGGGGCACCCACUAGCCCUUCCGAAGGCCGCUUGGCCGGCAGUGAAGCUUCGCGAGAAGCUUCGCGAGAGGCUUCGCGAGAAGCUUCGCGAGAAGCUUCGCAAGAAGUUCUGCAAGAAGCCUCACAAGAAGCUUUGCAAGAAGCUUCGCAAGACGUUGACAGGGAAGCGCCGGUAGAAGGCUGGUAG